AUGCCUCGCACUAUUGUGGCUUGCCAGUGCACUCUGGUCCCUCGAGACGGUACCACUCCAUGUGACUGGUCUGGCAGUGCCACUAUUGCUUUAUCUAAGUUGCGCAUUGAUAAGGAGAUAGCCUGUGUGCUCCUACGAGUUGCCUCAGGAGGCAGUAGAACACUCGCAAUUGCAUUCGCAUGCAACAUUGGAGGUAUGACCAGUCCGGUAGCCUCCCCCCAAAGCGUCGUCGCUUUCGCCUUACUCCACACUAACUACGGCUUAUCCUUCAGUGAGUGGUGCGCAAUUAUUUGGCUCCGACUGAAGAAGUUCGACAAGGUCCGCUGCUCGGUGGUUUACUACCUCCCGCAGACUCAGACCAUCUAG